AUGAACUCCUGUGUCUUUACACUUAUCUGGGGUUCCCUCCUCAUCCUCAGUCGUUGUGGUUUUGCCCGUGGUUCUUGUGACACAUACACAAACGUAACCGACACAUGGCGCAACAAAUAUUUCACAUCAUCUUCCUUCACUGGUUACCCAAACAAUGAUGCUCCGCUUAUUGGGAGUUGGUGCCGCUUCACUGGGAUUGGUGGAGACACUGUCAUUACAUCCUGCCUUAAUGGCCCUAUCGGUGGCACCUUAUACCCAAUUUAUCUUUCCUUCAACCAUCCAACAACACCAAAUGUAACAACAACUGGGACUGCAUCAAGUAGUGGCUUAAGCUGCGGUGUGUACACUAUUGGAAUAAGUGUGAUCCUCUGUCCUGGAGGAUUCUACAUAUACAAACUGGACAGUCACUCGCUGGGCAGUAUGGCUUUUGUAACCUAUCAUUCCGAGUGUAACACAGACUCCUGUGGCCCACUUGGGAACUGUUCUGAUGGGGGCUGUCGUUGUGUGUCUGGGUAUGAAAUCCCUUCAGACCACCGACCCACCACAGAGUCCUAUGGCUGUGUUGACAUCGAUGAAUGUGUGCAGACUGCAGGCAUUUGUGGUUCAUACUCCACUUGUACCAACACAAUUGGAACAUACAGCUGUGCCUGUGUGAUUGGAUUCCAAGCUACAGAUCUGGAAUUAUCACCUGGAAACACCAACCCUUGCAUAGAUAUUGAUGAAUGUCUUACAAAUAUCUGUGGAGAUGAUGGGGUGUGUACCAACAACAUAGGAAGCUUUUUCUGCACAUGCAAUCCUGGCUACGAAGUUGUAGCUAAUGCAACACCUAUUUGCCAAGAUAUUGACGAAUGUCUCGACCUCAAAAUCUGUGGCCCCAAAUCUGUUUGCGCGAACAUACCUGGCGCUUAUACCUGUUCCUGUAAAUUGGGUUAUGCAUCAACAAUACGAGAAGAGGAGCCCAGCAAGACCAACAUCUGCAUUGAUAUUGAUGAGUGUUUAGAAGAGGCCGGGAUCUGUGGUCCUAAUGCCAACUGCUCAAACUCAAUUGGAUCCUAUUACUGUACCUGCCACUCUGGUUAUCGGCUGACCAACGCAGCCGAAAUAGCCAGCGUACAAAACCCAUGCAUAGACAUAGACGAGUGCAAAGAGACCCCAGACAUAUGUGGUGACCUAACAGUGUGUACUAAUUCACCAGGGUCAUUCUUUUGUUCUUGCUCCGAUGGAUUCUACCCAUCCACAGGAAUCUUGUGGAUAAUGAAUAUUUCAUAUUGUAAAGAUUUACAGUUAGUUCUAAAUGAGAUGAAUAUCACGGAGGGACAGACCAAAGAGAAAAAAUUCCUUGAUGAAAUGGGAGACCAACUGACAGAGAAUAAAAACAUAAUGUUACCACCAGCAACUGUGGCAAACGGCUUCUCAGCAUCAAUGGAAGUGUCAGGUGUCGGACCACGUGCCCGCUCAAAUACAGUGAGUAGUGAAGGUAACGCUAAGAUCGGCAGUUUGAUUCUGGGCCUCUCGGCUCGCUUAGUGACAGCGAUGGUGGUACCGGGUCAGGAACCAAACGAGACGGUCGUGAGGAGUCCGACAGUGGAUUUAAUGCUGCAAACUCUUGGACCUGGAGAGAGCAAUAAAGACAGCUCCCUCCUCUCAGCAAAUGGGAACACCAUGCAGAUCAACCUGGAAGGUCUGGCCAAAAACAACAAUGAUUCUGCUUCUGCUGCCUUCUUUACAUUGAACGGGAUGGAGAGUCUGCUCAGUCAUCAAUACUUUACAACAGAAAACAGGACAGAGAUGUACUCGGACGUCAUCAACGCUUUUCUGCCCUUGUCGAACAACACCAACCUCACACAGCCGGUCAAUUUCACCAUCUAUCACAAGAAGCGAGCAAUAAGUGAACCUGGCUUGGUGACCUGUGUUUACUGGGAGGGAAAUUCAGAUGAAGAAAGUACACUGCACUGGUCAGUCGAUGGCUGUUCAGUUGCAUUUACUAACGAGAACUACACUGUGUGCAGCUGCUCCCAUCUUUCCACAUUUGCCCUCAUCCUGCAGAUUUGGGAGCCUCCACCAAGUGAUCCUUUCUUAGACUGGCUGGGUCGUGUGUGUGUUAUUAUUGGACUGUUUUUCUUUGGACUGGCCAUCCUCACGUUCCUGUUGUGUAGCUGGAACCCCAAGAUCAACAACACGGCCCGUCUCCACCUCUGUCUCAACCUUGCCAUGUCUCAUCUACUGCUGCUAUGGAAUGACAGAUAUGUUGAUCAGGAGCUGGCCUGCAUCGUCAUGGCUGGGGUUCUUCACUUUUUAAUAGUGGCAAGUUUUGUGUGGAUGCUGCUGGAAGCGUUCCAGCUCUACCUGCUGGUUCGACGACUCACCAAGGUGCAGGUCAUCCAGAGAGAUGGCCUCCCCAAACCACUCCUCUACCUGAUUGGCUAUGGUGUGCCAUUUGUGAUCGUGGGUGUUUCAGCACUGGUGUAUUCUGAUGGAUAUGGUGCCACUGGAGCAGAUGUGUGCUGGCUGUCAAACAAGCGCAACUUUAAUUGGGCUUUGACAGGACCAGUGAUUGCCGUCCUUGGACUUAACUGCAUCUUGUUCUUGGCUACUUUAUGGAGUCUGAGACCCACUUUGGCCAACAUGAAGAGUGAUGUCUCUCAGUCCAAAGACACAAGGUUGAUUGUGUUCAAGAUCCUGGCCCAGUUUGUCAUAUUGGGCUGUACCUGGAUUCUGGGCCUGUACCAGACUAAUCUCUUCUUUCAGGUCCUUUUCAUAGUGCUGAACUCCCAGCAAGGCACCUUCCUCUUCAUUGUUCACUGUGUGCUCAAUAAGGAGGUCAGAGAGGAAUACAUCAAAUUGCUGACCUGCUCCUUUAAUAAGCCCAAGCCAGAAGGAGACUCUGUGAAAGAUGUUCCGUCAAUCUCUGAGGACAUGGACAAGGCUGAGGAGUAGACACAUGAAUGGCGAUGGACUAAGUUUGCAUCCCCAAGACAAAGAGGACAAAUGCAAACCUCAUUUACUGUCCAACUAUUAGUCAUUCCAUAUGUCCGAAUAUGUCUCUGUGUGAAAAUGUCACGUAAAAGCUUUGACAACUGUUAUUGCGGUCGUUUUCCAUUUUAUCUAGAAACCUUAUUUUCACGUAAUGCAAUAGCCUUUAGGACUUUCCUGUACAAAGACUAUAAUAUCAAUCACUGACCGUGAUGAGAUGGUUGAGCGAUCAACCAAAGACAAAGAUUACAGGUGAAUGUAUGAAAACGUCCUCAAGGAUGCGUAAUCUGGAUUUAGGAACGAGGUCGUGAAGUAAAGAAACAAAGAUAACUGAUGAAUUAUCUCUGUUUUGUGGCGUGUGUUUGAACAAAGAAGUCUGACAUCUUGUCUUUGUCUUAUGGUUGUAGCCGCCGGCCAUUUUCACAAUGAGUGCUGAAAGUCAAAUGAGUUCACUCUGAAUCGUGCUAAUGUGCUCAAAUAAGUAGAGUGGAGUUUGUGUAGUUUGAUGCAACAAUACAGUCGCUAUCACUGCCAUUAGUCUAUAUUUCAGUUUAACAGUUUCGCUCCUUUUUAUCGCUUAUUGUAACAGCUUGUGAUAAACUGCUUCUAGUGUACAAAUGUAGCGCACGCUGAAUCUUGAGUCCCAUUGUGACACUUGUUAAAAGGCUGCCGUAACUCAUUUGCUUGGGUUUUGGAGCUGUCGUCAACAACGCAGUGACAAACCCUCAGUUUGUGAACUGUAAAAACAUUCAAAUCUCAGUUUGUUUCUUUUUUUUUUCCCUCCAUUUGUAUUGUAUUUACAUGAGAGCUGAGGCUGCCUGUGUCAGAUUUUACUAGACAAAUUUGAAGGAAAGGCAAAGGCCUGUGUUUUCUCUGCAACUUGCAUCGUGUCUCACAAUAAAUCAGGGUUUUUACUGUGUAAUAUACAAUACAAUACACUGUGCUUUUAAUGUCUUUUAAUGACGUUUACUCUAAAAGUAAAUUCACUGGCAUUGCUGCAAACAAUCCCA